AUGUUGAAAAAUUUCGACCUUUCGGCAAUCUCCGGCCGAGUAAACGCGAUUGGAAAAGUGUGCUUUUGGUCCAGGGCGAUGCCCUCCCACGCGAGCGAGCGCCUCCAAGCCAGAAGAGAACCGCGGCUUUCCCGGCCGGGCCGAUUCUUCUCUGGCUGGUUUCGGGCCUAAUUCGACUCGGGACCAUCGUCGGCCAAGGUGCCGAACGGUUGGCAAGGAAAAUGAAUGGCGACUUUAUGUUCCCACCACCUGAAGAGACCGUUAGGCCUGGCGACUAUGCCAUUGUAACCUGGGACUUAGAGACCACAGACAGACACUUUGACGAUCUAGUCUGUCAAAUUGGAGCCUUCUGUCUGGGCCACAACCCUUUCAACCAGUACGUUCUGCCAGCCAAAUCAAUUAACCAUGAGGCCGCUGGCAAAAUUCAUCUUCAGGUGGUGGUGCAUGAAGGUCGCCGCGUUCUUAUCGACACCGUCUCCCGUCAAAUCCUCGACUCUGUGGAUGAGCGCCUGGCCUUGCAGCGUUUCAUGGCCUGGCUGUACACCACCAAGGGCAACCACACCGGAGUGGUCCUCAUCAGCCACUCAACCAUCAAACUGGAUGUCCCGGUACUCCUGCAGGCUCUCACCAGGCACAAACUGGAGGGCAAAUUUUUUGAAAUUGUAAUCGGCUUUGGCGACUCUUUUGGACCUUUCUCUAUGGAAAUGCGGGGACAAUUUCCUGUGCUGUCCCUGCAGUCACUUUACACGGCAAUCGUUGGACCUCGGACUGAACAACAUGAUGCUGCCAGCGAUGCCGAGGCCGUUUAUCGUCUUUUGGAAACUGCAUUUGGAUCACCCUUGACACUCAACAUCCCCCAGAUUCAACGUUACUGCUACACUCCUCGAGUUAUGGCUUACUAUGUCGAAUGGAAGCGCCGUCUUAUUGAAAAGUCCAAGUAUAUGAAACCCCUUGUCGCCCACAUCAACAAUUGGAAGGUUGCUGGUGGCAUCAAGUGGGACCUGCUAACCAUUGGUUACGACUACGCCACCCUUGGCUUUCGCUACCAAACUCUGGGCGAAGAGCGCUUCAUUGCCGAACUGCGCUACCAGAUGCACUGGAAGAAGCAAAACGACGUCUGCUACUUGACCCACACUUCGGAGAUUGAUGCUGAGACCAUUGUUCAGGGGGUAGUCCAGCACUUCCGGAAUGUGAGUGCUGAUCGAAUGCCGAUGCCACAGCCAGUAUACCAGUUUCAGGUGGCCAACUAAGGUAUGUUCUUAGGUGGAGGAAUUAGAGAAACUUGUGAAGCUAAUUAUAAGCAAUUCAGUUUUGGCCCCGUUGUCCUUGUUUUUGAGAGCUAUAUUUGAUAUUAUCUUAAAUUAGUUAUACAAAAAUUGCUAAUUUCUAUUGUGAUUUUUGUUUGAUUUAGGACUUCAUGUUAGAAGUUUUGAGGAGAAAUCUCUUGUAAAUAGUUUUGUUUUCUAGUCCUACAACUGUAAUUUGUUUUAAAAAUAUAGCUCACUUCAACGAGUCAUAACCAUUGUAUAAAGAAUCUAUCUCCUCAAUUCUCUUACAAAUUUGUAAUUUAAUAUUCAAAAGAUCUGAAACACUGAAGCAUAUAAACGAACCUUUAUCUAGUGUUAUGCAUUUUCCUCCAGCCUCCAUGACAGUAUUUUAAUGAGUUUAGAAUCUACUCCACUGUUGGAAUUCUGAAUGGCUAAAUAAGCAGGAAAGUUUCUAAAAGCCAUAAAUGAUACAUGGCAAUUUUCAUCAAAAAGUGCAUUCGAUUAUAUAUUUGCGUUCAAUUAGGGUUAAAACGUAAAAGUAAUCAAAUUUUAAUUGCGCUAAUUUCACAUGCAUGUGAUAUUAGCAUUACAAAAUCUGUGAUCUUCAGUUAAUAUUUAAACCUCACAAUGUAGAAUAAAAUAGUUAUGUCAAAAACAUCUUUUGCUCCAAGUGAAUUUUAACUUUACCACGCGGUGAUCACUGAAAAAGAGCAACUUGAUAUCGGUCUCAAUCAGAUGUAUUGAGAAUAAUUUAAGCUAGGUAUGCCAAGUAAGCAUCUGCAAGAAGGACACUUUAUUAUCGUUCGUCGAUUAGAGCAGCGAGUCAAUUUUCAUUAGACUCAUCCCUGUCUCACUCUUUGCCUGUUUGUCUAUAUUUAAUGUUAUAUCAUAUUAACAGUAGCGUGAGGGCAAAACAAAAUAAAAAUAAGCUGCUUCCAAUUAAUUAUUGCAGAUUACAGUUUGCAAAUGAAAUUUAUUGUCGAUAAACGUUAUUUAUUAACAUAGACAAGAAUUAGGUCACAUUAUUACAUGUAAAUGUAUUUCAUGUAACUAAUUGCAGCAAUGUGCAAUUUUGAAUUCUAUUGGCAUCGAUUAUCCAAUUACCUGCCAGAGUUGUUGCACGCUUGUGUUUUUAAUGUGCGUUGAAUUUAAAACAAUUAGAGACGGAACUUUUACAAGGUAUAAAUGUAUUUCUACGCUCGGUUGUUUUAAACAUAUACACCAGCGCUCGCGAAAUGGCUUUUUAAAAGCUUUGGAGCGUUGCCUAGAACGCAUUAAGGGCAUAAUCAAAACAAAUUUCAAUGUCCUUGUUAUAAUUUAUUGCACAGUACGUAGGCCUAGCAACAAAAACUAGGCGCGUUCAUACAUAAAAAGAGCAAUAUUGUGACCAUCAACCGAUUAAAUUUAUGAACCAUAAAAUCAAUCAUGCCGGAAAAUGUAUCAAUUUGAGCUGAUUGAAAAAACAAGUGAAAAUAAUGUUGAAUCUCCCCCACUCUAUCUAUAUUUUUUCACAAUUUAUUCAUCCGAUUGAUUGAAAAUGAGCUAUAACAUGGGAAAUAUUUAACUAAACUUAAAAUUAUCAAUUAAAAAAAAAAAAAAUGAGCAAGAGUGAAAUGUUAUGAAAUUAUGAAAAUAACGAAGUAAAAUUAUAUACAAAAAAAUGCAAAGAGUACAUAAACCAUAUAACAUAAUGAUAAUAUUCAAUCUUGUUGUGUAGGGAAAGAUAUCACUGUAUCUAAUUAAUAUCGCCAGUAUCAGAUUAAUACACAACCAAGCGAUGCAAUGUCCUCUUUAAUGAGCAAUUUUCCUAGAUGUGUAACGUAACUUAAAAGAAAAUUAAUAAUAUUAAUUAAUUUUGAAGAAUAUAAUAGUAUCUGUGAUCCAGAAACGUAAAAUUAGUGAUCGUUACUCUAUUGUUUCCCAAGUUUGUCUGGCAGGAGAUGUGUAAUUUUUUAAGCAGUGUACGAGCAGAACUAAAAUACCUCCAUAAUUAAUUGAUCUAUCUCAUUACUCAAUGUAUUGCUGUUGAUGAAGGAUGAGUCAAAAGGAGAAAUAAUUAAAAAUUUUAUUUGCUAAAUUCUAAAACCGGACAGGAUUUGAUUAUGAUUGUAUAUUUGACAUUUUUUCGCCGGAAAAUAUUAUUGACGAAUAAAAAAUUGCGAAAAAUGCUUUUGAAUCGGA